AUGUUGAGACAGCGUCGAAAAACAAUCGUACCGAUUGAAAUUGUUAAAGAUCUUGAUGUAUUCUUAAAAGUUGAAAAUGAUUUAAAAGAUCCAACAACAACUGGUGGAACAAGUAAAGUACGAUUUUUAGUUGAAUCAUGCUUAAUCCCGUACAUUUAUUACCCUUUUUUAGUUGCCCUAAUUACUGCUCUUGUUGUUUUAUGUCUUACAUUUAUUCGUAUCAUAACAUUUGAAAAUACAUCCUUAAAAUAUGAUUAUUCGGUCGACUGGGAUCACGAAAGUAAAUUAAAGAUUAAUGUUGAUAUAACAAUAGCAACGCAAUGCAUGUUUAUUGGCUCUGAUGUACUUGACGUAACAAAUAAAAACCCAUUAGAAGCUGGAAAACUUGAUGAGGAAGACACAUGGUUUGAAUUAUCCAAUACACAAGCAAGAGCAUUCAAAAAUUUACAAAUUGGAAAUGAACUAUUGAGAAAACAAUAUCACGCUAUUCAUGAUGUUAUAUGGUUAGAUGGUUUUAAUAUGCACAAUGAACAAUUACCAAAACGAGAAAUAAAUCCAGACCGACCAAAAGAUGCCUGUCGAUUUCAUGGAACGUUAGAAGUGACUAAAGUAGCUGGUAAUUUUCAUAUCAUUAUGGGAAAAUCAUUCUCCUUAUUUGGUGCACAUGCUCACUUAAGUCCGUUGGGUAUUGAGUAUGCUAUGAAUUUUUCUCAUCGUAUUGAUCAGUUUUCAUUUGGUCAUCCGAGUCCGGGACUAGUACAACCGUUAAAUGGCGAUUUAAAACUAUCGAAAACUGCUACCCAAAUGUAUCAGUAUUUUAUCGAAGUGGUACCAACAGUUGUAGAUACUAGACAUGCAAAUGUAGAAACAUAUCAAUAUGCUGUUACUGAAAAAACCCGUGAGAUCAAUCAUAAUCAGGGCUCACAUGGCAUUCCCGGUAUAUUUAUUCGUUAUGAAAUAUCACCAAUGAAAAUAACUGUUAAAGAAGUUAACAGGUCCUAUUGGUUUUUAUUAGUAGAAAUAGGAGGAAUUAUAGGUGGUGUCUUUGCAACAUCAGGUAUGAUUCAUUCAAUUAUUAAUAUUUUAUACGAAAGUUUUUAUAAGAAGGGUGAAAAAUCUCAUCAUGAAAUGAAUGAGACAAUUAUCAUAGCAAAAAAUAAUGUUGGUGUUACACCUGAAUCAUCAGCAGUGCUACAGUAA